AUGAACAGCAACACACUCUUCGUAAAUACAAUCACCGGCCAGACCUCGACUACUCGUGCUAAAUUCUACAACAGUCUAUCCUUCACACAAGGUCUCUUGAUUGGCCAAUUGUCGGUGGUUCUCCUCCUUGGUGCUUUCAUCAAGUUCUUCAUCUUUGGUGAAGCACCUCCACCACAAUCCCGCAAUACUUCGGGCUACCAUGCGCCAAAGCACAUUCGGACAUCAUCCCUUCACAGCCAUGCCUCAAAUAAGAGCUCCCCUCCUCGCUCUCUCGGCCAAAAGGCUAGCGUCAAUAACAUCCUCCGGCAAGUUCCAAUCAAUGGGACAGAUACUGCAUCUAUUCUCAGGAAGACCUAUUAUCAGACGCUUCCACCCACGAAGAUCAAAGGCAAAAGCCAUGGCAGGACGCAGACACACCACUCUUCCCACCAGCCCGAGUCUCUCGAUUGGUUCAAUGUGCUUAUUGCUCAGGUGAUUGCGCAAUACCGCCAGACUGCCUACAAUAUGAAAGACACAUCGUCUUCAACCCCUUCGAUCCUCUCGAGCCUAGUGGCUGCGCUGAACAAUCCCAACAAGCGCCCGUCCUUCAUCGAUCACAUCAAUGUCACAGAGAUCUCACUUGGUGAGGAAUUCCCUAUAUUCAGCAAUUGUCGCGUCAUCGAAGUGGAGGAUGAAAAUGCGACUGCACAAGCGGGUGGCCGACUUCAAGCCUUGAUGGAUGUAGAUCUAUCUGAUGACAAUCUGACGCUUGCAAUUGAGACCUCGCUGCUUCUCAAUUAUCCCAAGCCCUUCUCUGCCAUCCUUCCCGUGGCUCUCGCUGUAUCUGUCGUUCGAUUCUCCGGUACUUUGUCCAUAAGUUUCGUCCCCGCGACACCACCAGCGGAAGAGACCUUGGAAGGUAUUGACCCAGACCAGACCAACAGCGGUGGCUCAUCGCCCAAGACGAAUCUAGCUUUCUCUUUCCUGCCAGAUUACCGCCUCGACCUUUCAAUCCGCAGCCUGGUCGGAUCACGAUCGAGAUUGCAAGAUGUGCCGAAAAUAGCCCAGCUUGUUGAGGCAAGAGUGCAAGCAUGGUUUGAAGAAAGGGUGGUAGAGCCCCGAGUACAGGUUGUUGGAUUACCAGGGCUGUGGCCAAGGAUGGGAAAGACAAGGCUUCGCGACGGUGACGAUGGCAAAGCAGGCAGCGAGGACGGGAAGGACGAACCAAUGCACAGACGGUUGUCCUUUAAGCAGAGGAAGAAUCAACAGUCUGUGGCCGAAGACCCGUUCCGAGACGGAUUCAGGCUCAGAGCUGGUAGAGGUACAGAGACCGUGUUCCGAGCCGAUGAUGACAUACGCAUGCCAGGCUCAAUGCCAACCUAG